GGAAGAGGUUAAAACAACAAAGCUCCCUCCCCACAACAUCAACAUCCCACCACAAUACUGCCGGACCUUUACCGCCCAAAAUUCACCCGAUCAAGCCUAGCAACCUGGAACUACUACAUCAUGGAUCUCACCAAUGCAGGCCUUCUGCACGUCGAUGAACUUCUAGAAACCAUUAAAGUUCCUACUUUUCGCACACAUCUACCGCACCCUCUACCACUCAAGCUAUUCGAUUCCGAGCCAGAGUCACAGCAAAAUAAUAUGGAUCCGUUUGAAGUGCGCAUUCGCUUUACGCAGUAUUUGCAACAUUUAAAUGCGAGUGUUGCGAGUGCGAAUAAGACGGCUCAAUAUGCGUUGAAGUAUAGGGAUAUGGAUGAGGACUUGCAUAGUUGUAUUUUGGAACAAUUGGAGAGGGUAAGUUUACGUCUUACCGUCUUGAAAAUGGACCGCAUCUAAACGGCUGGGUCGAAGGGCGAAUGGAAAUGUUUAUGGUUUUGUCGCCAUUUUUAUUGCGGUUAAAAUAGAGUGAAGCUAAUCUAGUGUCCAGAAUUCUAUGAACAAUAGGGCGAAUAUUAUGUAUUUUAUUGAGAUUUUAUGCGAUAUGGCAUCUAGAGAAGGUCACGAUGAUUACGUACGAAUGAUUCAAAGAGAUAUUUUACGGGUAGUCGAUGCAGUUGCGCCGGAAGAUGGAUCGGGAGCAGCAAAUGUCAAAGUAGUACGCAAAGUUCUCCAAGGCCUUCAGCAAAAGUCUUUCCUCUUGUCGCAAACGGUCACAGAAAUCGAAGAAUGUCUGAAAGAACGCGACACUCAGCCAGAUGCUCUUUUGUCUUCUCCAUCGGCAGAAAACGAAGCGAAUGGAAAUGGAACUUCUCAACAUGCUACCCCAAAGCAGACUAAGACGAAUGGAGUUGGUAGACUGGAUAAGAGACAGAUUGAGCAGAGAAUCGAGGAGGAUAGAGAGAGGCAUAAGAGAUUGAGAGAACAUAUUUGGGCAGUACCAGUUACGGGGCCAAAUUCGGAGUUCGAUAAAUUAUGGGAUGAGACGAGCGAUUUGGGAGAUGACGAUAUGGAUGUAUAUGAAGAAGAGGCCAUGGAAAGAAAGGAGGCUGGAAGGGAAUGGUUCAACGAACAAGUUCAAAGAAGUAGACUUGAGGGACAACCUUGACUUAUGCGUUAGAUUUUGGGGGCAUGGCGUUUGGUUGCAUGUCUGGUAGGAUCUUGUGUUGGCGUUACAUGACCAGUUUGGUAUAAAGGAUUAUAUGGGACAUAAUUGCCUGGCGUUAUCACUUUUGGGUUAUGGGGGCUUGCAUCGUGUGGCUAUAUGGGCAUUCCUUCGUCCUUUGCACGAACAAGACUAAGGAGUCGGUACCGAAAAAUGCGAUAAUACCAUAUUGUUACAUAAGAGCAUCGCGUGA